AUGUGUAAAAAAGGAAAAAGGUCCGGUGGAGUCAAAAGGAAGAUUAAAAGAGAAUAUAAAAAUAUAACAAAUUACCAACCAAAUGAAAAUAGUGAUACUGAGUCGUCAUUUAUAGAGAAUGAAAAGAAUGUAGUCAUGAAUCGAGCAAUCUACAGUCAAGCGCCACUUCAGUCGACGUCUUACGAAGGUUCCGCAGCAAAAACGUCAAACAUUGAUAUUGAAAGUGAAAAUUUAAUAAAACCUUGGGAAACUGAUAAUGACAUAUUUUCAUGCAGCAGUACAAGUAAAGAAGACGAAUUUUCAGAAAAUUUAGUGUUCCGUCGUAAAAUUAAGGAAUGGGCUAUAGAAAGAAAUAUAUCUCAAAAAGCUCUUAGUGAUUUCGCAACAAUACUAAAUUGCAGAUUUCCGGGAAUAUUACCACGGGACGCUAGAGCAAUUAUAGGUGUAUGUAACUUUAAUGCAAAACAUGGUUGCUUAAAAUGUGUCACAGUAGGAGAAUACUCAUACUUAUCACAUACAGUGACAUUUCCUGAAACUAUUUGCCACCCUAGAACAGACCAAGAAUUUCGAGAAAAAAAGUAUGGGAAUCACCAUAAAAAAGAUUCUCCUCUACUGAAGUUGCCUGUUGAUAUGACACAAAACUUCCCGGUAGCAGAUUCUCUACACCUCGUGGAUUUGGGAAUAAUGAAGCGGCUAUUUGUUGUAACGGUAAUUUUGGAAAAUCUAUUACCAAAUGGAGUGCCAGAGAUACCGAAACAGUUUCAAAUUUUCUUAUUAAACGCAAAUUGCCAUCUGAAAUUCAUAGGUCAGUAA